AAUUUAGGCAUUUAGUGCAAAUUCCAAAUUUGUUUGCACAUACAUCUACCCAGGUUCAUGAUGUUAGACCUCUGUAUAGCCAACCUACCAACUUGCCAGACAUGUCAGAAGCAACCAUUGCACUGCCGCUUAAAAUAAUACCAACACAGACAAGCAUUAAAAUUGGUAUCGAUAUACUAUCCAAGUGGAAAGAAAACUUCAGUUAUAACAGCAGAAGCUUAUAAAACCAUUUGCAGAGCUCUCGUAAGAGGAACUGAUAAUGUUAAUAUUGACCGAACAAUUGUACAAACUUUAUGCAAGUCUAACCCAAUGCAAGUUGUACAUGGAACUGCAGGGUUAAUACAAGAAGAAUGCAAGAUAAUCUGCAAGAGAGGCACCCAAACUUUAUUUCAAAAGAAAGGCUAUGAUGAUUUUUUCAAAUUCAACUGGGACCAUAUGUACAAUGAGUUAAAAAUGAUGUGCCCAUCAAUGCUGGCUAUAAUAUCAUCAAUAGUUAGUGAUAUUCCACCUAGUGUUAAUACCAAGCCUUUUAUGCAUUUAAUGGUAACUGCUGCAAUUGGAUUACAUGGACGAUCACAAGAAAUGUCAGCAAUACAAUACAUGGUUGGAUUUCUUUUGACUCAUGGAGGCUGUACACAAAGAGAUAUUGAAAGACUAGCGAAAAUCGGAGUUUGUGUGCACCCACAGACAAUUCAUAAUAAAUUAGCAAGCUGGCAAGACAAACUUGACUUAGAAAUACUGUCUAUUCGAGAUUCAUGGGCAAAUGGUGGAACUACAAAAUACCAAUUAAUUGGAGAUAACUGGGAUAAAAACAUCCUCCCAUCUUACCGCACUUCUGAUCAGAAAACACUUUCCUUACACUUGUUUAACAUGUAUGCCAUUGUAGACAGAGUUCCAGCAGAAAAUAAUACAAGUGAAAGUUUCCUAGAUGUGUCAGACCUUGACCUGUUAACAUUCAUUCCAUCUUUAACAGAACAAAAACAAUUGAUGCAGGAACUCACUUUUAUUUUUGCAACAUCUGUUAUUCAGAAUGUGCCUCAGAUUGGACGACUUUUCAAGAAAAUAUAUCCAGAACAUUUAAACCAUACCUACAGUGACUAUGCUGGAUUAAAGACAGCCCAGUAUCCUCUUGGAAUAUAUGACUGUAAUGAAAACAAGACACAGGAAGUCAUUCAACUUUUAAAAGAACUGUCGGACAAGUAUGUGCCAUUGAAGGAUGGUAAAAUAGUAGAACCAGUCUUUUUUGGAGGAGACAGACUAACAGAUGAGCGAAUACAGGGUGCUCAAAGUGCCAUGGGCAAUGCAGACACAGCAAAAGAAAAAUUGGAAGGAUUCAUCUCUAAAACUGAGGAUUUCCAUAGGCUGAUGAAUUUCUUAGAGGCUAUACACAAGUUGACAUACAACAGUGGAAGUGGAAAUGACCCAUGUACAGCCUACUACUAUCGAAACCUACUCAAUAUGAGAAAUGUGAAAGGCAAAGUUAAAAACUCUUAUAGGCCAUAUAAGCUACUGUAUUAUACAAUUUUGGAUGCUGUUUUAUUGUUAAUGUUUUUCACAUACUUCAACUUAGCUGAUUUAGACUCAGACAUCCCUAUUCCAGAGAACUUUGAAGACAUGGACAAAAUAAAACAAAUUGAUUGGCUUGAUACAAUCUGUAGAAAUAUUCUUCAGCAAUUCUUUUUUGAAAAUAAUGAAGACAUAUGUCAUGCUGUUAGGGAAGUUCUGUCAGAUCCAGAGCAUGAAGUGAAUUAUUGGACUGCAAACCUUGAAGAUGGACAUGUGAAAUGUCAUUUUUGUGCAAGGACAUAUACUUAUGUUGGCUCAUUAAAGUCCCAUGAAAUGAAAGUACACGGUGUUCAAAUAAAAAAAGAAAAGAAAAAAGCUACUGUAAAAGAUCAAGAUCAGCUACAAGACUAUAUUUUGAUGCUCUUUAAACUAACACUCCUUCAUAAAAACCUUGACACUGCAGUUGACAUGGGAGAUGGUGAGAGAUGUGUAAGAUCAACCAAGUAUGAAUUGCCCAUUUAUAACAAAACUAACAAAGUGAAAUAUGUUAUUGCUUCUGUACACUUAACAAGUUUAAUAUCAGGUGUUCUUCCUGGUGAUCAGUCUCAAAGCUUGAUAUCAAACAGAUUUGUGAAUGUACAGGGUGGUAAAAAUAAUAAUAUAGCUCUUGAUGAGCAUUUAGAAAUGCUCAAUCGUGACAGCAAGAUCACUUGUACUGGACACCAAACGAAAGAAAGCAUCAUCAAACAUUCUAAGGAAUAUGCUCACUUAAUCAACUACAUAAAGUAUUUCGAGCUUAUCAGCGGUACUAGAAAACGCAAGGGAUUUCAUCACUUGCCAUCUUAUUGUAAGGAUGUGAGAAAAGUUGCUAAGGACUUAUUGGAACACAGUGCACUUAAACAUACAAUCAAUCGUAAAUUAAAAUGUAAAGACUUAAAAAUUGACAGAAAUCCGUUUGAAAAUUGUGUGUCAGGACUGUCAUCUAUGAUUCAUCGUCAUAAACCGCCAACUCCAUUUCGUCGUUUACGUGACAAGCAUAUUUAGUAGUUGUGUGAUACCGUGUCUUAGUGUAGUAUUUUCUCACUGGCUAUAUAUAGCUAUUAAACCAUGCCUUAUCCUUGUCAAACUCUACAUCUAGUCUCUGGUGGAACUUUUCUCAUUGGCAAUCAAACCAAAUCAUGCAAAUCUUAUUUCGUAUAAAGAUCAAUUUAUAUAUACAAGACCUUCUCACAAGCAGACAUGUGCUUAAAAUGUGUGAAUAUCAAGUUGGCUAGGAGCUCUAUCAACCUCUUGUUUACUAUGCUUUGUUUGUC